UGCGUCUUGUUCGCCAGUGGCCGGUGGUCGAGUCAGUCGGCUCGCGCGCGCGCCUCGCAUCGCACGCGUUUUCCCGCUCACAGACUUACGAAAUAACACGCCGUUCCACGCCCUGUUUUCGAAAAGUGUGAUAAACAAACUUUUUUUGUGUUAGUAAACUUAGUGUUGUGCUUGUGUGGAGUUGUUCUCUCUCAUUAGUGGUCACACUGUCCGGAUCUAAGGGACAAUCGUUCGAGGUACGGAAACAAACAUCGGUAACAGCUGAAACCUGAACACCUAAUGCGUGUGUUGGAUGGCUAGAUUAGACAAAAGGGCGAGCCAUGACAGGGUGGAGAUGAAGCAGAGUUGAAUAUAAUAAGUGUAACGACAACAUGUUAUGAACAUGGAAUCGCCAGUGAGAAUAUGUUUAGGUGCAGCAUUAGUAGUGAAUUUACUACUGUUGAGCAGCACAGCAGUUAGCGGCAACGCUAUACCCGAUACGACAUCUACGACUGUCAAAGAUGAGAGGGCGCCACGGUACACCCGUGUUAACGGCACCUGGCUCGCGAGGAACCGACCCAAGACUCCAGACGUCUCCCUUAACGAACUAAACCCUAAAGACUCUACCUCUGAAGAACACACAGAAAAAAAUGCAAAAUACAAGGAUAGGGGAAGAGUACGAUUCAACUCACAGGUCAAAUCUAGCACAGAAAGUCCAAGAAGAAGAGUGAAAUCCACAGAAACCACCCCUAAGUUAGUAAUAGUAACUCCUACGCCAGAAGUGAAAAGACCCGCAGAAAUUGUAGACAGUAUGCAAAAGUUUAAGAAAACAAAACUACCAGCUUUCAGUAGCAGUACGACACCCAUUAGUGUGAGCAGAGAAGUUCACAGUGAAGAAGUUUCCGAGGAACAAGUGGAAGCUGCCGAAGACGAAGAAAAGGAAUCUUUCGAGAGAUUCACUUCUGGAAAUUUUGAUAGCAGUUUCUUUACUAUACCCACUUUUAACUACGAAAAUGACUUCACUCAUGACUCGGACAACGAGAGCUCUGACAAUAAAGUAAAGAAGGAGUACAGCAGUCCGUCCUUUGGAGGCUUCUCCAGCUUCUUCCCUGGUGAAGCAUCAUACGGCUACAAAGAUACAACUCAUGAUAUAUUUAAAUCAGAAUCUUUCUUCGAUUUUGACUCAGAGUUAACGACGCCGAAAAACGAUUACUUCGACAAGAAGUUUCAACGGAUCUCUUCAAGUAUUAUUAACAAUUUAGAUACUAUGAAAGCUAAAGCUACUCCUUCCAAUGCGCCUAAUAUUCAAAUUAUAAAGGAAAAUAUUGGUAUGGAGAAAUUAGGUAAUAAUACUCCAACUAACAGGUCGUCAGUAUUUAUUAAAAACACCAAAGAAAUUCGUCUCUUAGAUAAUGAUGGUGCUGAUAGUUCCAAAAAAGAGUUAUCUGAUGUACAAGGUACAAGCAUAUAUUAUGAAAUGUCUGUUUUAUCCACUGAAACCUAUGCUAUCACUCACGAUGAUGACUGCGAAAAUGAAUCGUCACCUCAACCAACACCGAGUACGUCUGCAGAAGAAGAACUAGCGUCUGUGAAAGCCGCACAACGUACAGUCCACACGGCGACUCGGCCGCCACUGCCUGAUCCUAGCCCUGAGACUAUAUCCGUAUCACCUACGAGUUAUCUGCCUCUAUCAAGUGGAAUACCUAUUAUAGAUUCAAUAAAUUCUAUUCCAGUUUCUACUCAAAAUUCCGUAUCAUCGACGGAAAGAGUAACUAAAAAGUUUUCUAGUAGCUUUAACAGACAUCGAACUUAUUCGAAACGUCUUAAUAUAAAUAGUAAUAACGACUCUCCUAAUAGUGUGACACCAAAACCUGAUAGUAUAAUCUCUUCGACUCUUGGUCCAAGGCUUCCAUUGCGUAAAUUCCAUCAUACAACUCCUAAAACGAAACCUAUUUGGAUGGUGCCUAGACGUAAUUUUACCAGACCAAACGUUCGACCAACGAAUCCUACGACAAUAUACUCCGAGCAUUUUAGUGUGAAAGCAAAGACUACACCCCAACCACGGCAGCCGAGCCGGACAAUGUUGACGACAGUUUCUUCAGAUAUCGAUCCAGUACAACAAAGCGAGAUUAGUGGAACUAAAAAGCUGGUACAUUCUCAUUCGAUAUCUGAUAAUGCGGUUCCAAGUUUGUGGAAACGAGGUUCGACAAAAUUUGCAUCGUCAACGGCGUCGUCGACAGAGGUUGAGGCGGAGAAUGAGACAGAGAGUGAGUGGCAGAUACCUCCAACAUCGACAGCAUGGGCCCUGGCCAGUCUACGCAGCCCGCCACCUGCACCUGGAUCAGCGAACAAAACAUCGACUCAGAAGAGUGUCGACGAAAACGAAUUGCAGAAAGUUGGAGAAGUUUUAGACAAAAAGGAAAUACCGAGUGCGACCACAACGUCAACAACAGCGAGCACAAUCAGCAACGAUAUCAUUCCAAAGAAGAUUACGGAAGUGGUGCAGAACAAAUUACCGUGGCAGCCUAUGUUUACUUCAACUUCCCAAAGCUCUCAAGUAAAAACAGAAACCACAACUGAGACUAAAACCGAUUUAAGACUACCCGCUGAAAGUAAUAUUUCUGUUCAAAGUAGUGAAAAGCCAGCUACAGACGGACGGACGGACGGGUCAAAUUCUAUUGAAAAUGAAACAGAAGAGUCUUGGGUUUCCGUAACAGAUGAAUCAGAGGCAUCUACGGAUAAAAAGACAAUUCCACCAGUUGAUGCAACGAAGUCAACUGGUUUUGAAUCAAUUACGAAACUACCAGCAGAUGUCACUACGCCGCAAGAUGAAUCUGUCGCUAGUACGGAACUCAACCAGACAGUGACUGAGGAAAGACCUAAGACUACUACUGAUUAUGAAAUUACUACAAUUAGAUUUUCUUACGUACCAACAGAGGCUGUUGAAAUUGAGUCGCCUCCCAUUCGCAGCACUACGCCUAGUAUGUGGCAUCCUGUAUUCCCGACUAGGACAAGAAUAACUACUAUAAAGGAUAGCCCUGUCACUACAUACAGACCUAAAUACUUAACAACGGAAACUGGAGAUGAAUCUACGACUACUAUAAUUGAAACUACAUCACCUAUAGAAGUUUCUUCUCAAAUAUUGGAAAGUACUACGAAACAAGUGGUCGAAACUACAACUCCAACGGAAUCUCCUAUGACGACGACUGAAAUUCCAACUGAAACUCCUACCACUACAGAAGUUAGUACUCAAGCUACAACACAAGAGGUGACUACCGAGUCGUCUACAAUGGGAUCAACAUCACAAUCCACCACAGCAAGUCCAACUGAAGAGACAACGCUUGUAGACACCACUCCAGCUCCAUCAAGUACAACCAGUGAGAUUGAAGACACUACAACUAUUGUGGUAGAAAUCGUAACUGAAAUAAACACUGAAAGGGAACGGAGAAUUUCAACGACCACAGAAACAUCAGAGAGCACUGAAACAUCAAGUGAAUUACAAGAGACUGACUGUACUGAAGAGAGUAGUGGUAGCAAUGAAGUUAUUACUCAGGAAACUGACAAAACUACAGUUGAAGCUACGACUGAAGCUGUGACUUCAAUCCCUACAACUAUUGUUCCUGUGACGGUAAUCACACAGAACGUGACUACACAGCUUACUACCACGAAGCCUACUAUCACGAUGCCUGAUACCACGAUGCGCGCUUCUACGAUGCGUGCUACCACGAUGCCUGUUACCACUACGCGUGCUACUACGACGCGUGCUACCACGACGCGUGCUACCACAAUGCGUGAAGAAACGACCACUCAGCAAAAUGCGAAGAUUCACGAUACAACGGUGGUUACGAGUACAACUGUAACAGAUGAUGCGAUGAGAACCGGCAAUGGAAUCGAUGAAGGAACAAGUUACCCAGGAGAUAUGACUACUGAGGCGUCGUCCAGGAGUGCGUUUGGUGAUGAAGAGGAUAGUGGGUCAGGAGCUGCUGUGGCCAUUGCUGUCAGUACUAUUGGAGUCAUCGCGCUGAUACUACUCAUUGGAUUACUGCUGGUGGUACGUCGUCGUGGCCGCCGUGGUAUCUACGCCCAGCGCUGCACUCCAGUCUCCCUGGAUGCCUACAGCCUGGACAGCGUCAGCGUCGGCCACAGGAAGGGCAACCACCGUCUCCGAGCCAGCAAGAGGAGCUACGGGAACCCUGCUUAUGAUGACGAGGUCACCUCCCACCCAAUGCAGUAUGCAGCUCUAGCGAGUUUUGCGAUGGACAUAGAAUCCAUGACAGCAGAGUUCUCAGAGAUUCCCUCAGUGACGGUCAGGCCUGAUGAAGUGCCUCCAGGUUGUGAGGACAAAAACCGGUACUCCAAUGUCCUUCCACUGCCAGAGACCAGAGUCCCUCUGAAGAGGCUGGGCAAUGAUCCUGCAACGGAGUACAUUAACGCCAAUUUUGUUACGGGCCCAGGCAACAUCCGCAACUACUACAUAGCGACUCAGGCGCCGCUCUCCAACACCGUCGUGGACUUCUGGCGCAUGAUAUGGGAACAGAACUCGAGACUCAUCGUCAUGCUCACUGAGUACAUGGAGAAUGGAGUUGAAAAGUGCUACGAGUACCUUCCACCGUCCGAAAUAUCGGACAACAAGCGUAUCUUCGGGAACUUCAAGAUUAUCCUGAAGAAGCGAGAGCAACGUGAGAAGUAUGCGAUAUCCAGCGUCCAGCUCAUCAACCUGGAGACGAGGACCUGGAGGGAGAUCACACACCUCUGGUACUUCUGGCCUGCUAAGGGCGUUCCUGAUGACUACGACUCUGUCAUAGAUUUCCUAUGUGAAAUAAGGACUUACAUGAAAAUCGCGCAGACUGCUAAGGAGUAUGAUGAAGAAGGGGUCGAAGUAAUAUACGGUGACCAGAACCGGUCUUCCUUCAGUAAUCUGUCGAAGCUGCGGAGUGAUGAGGGUGGCUCCGGCAAUGGAGUCAACGUUUACUCACCAGCUCGUGCUGAAGAGCAGUUGAGAAGAGUUGUUUCUACCAAUGGUACUCUUGGAAGGAUGAAGGCAGCUUCGGAAAUUGAAGGUAUCCGGCCAUGCGUGGUGACGUGCGCGUCAGGCGCGGGCAGGUCGGCGGCCCUGAUGGCGCUGGACGUGUGCGCGCGCGCGCUGCCGGCGGCGGCCGACGUGCCGCGCGUCGUGCGCUCCCUGCGCGCGCAGCGCCCGCACUCGCUCUCCAACAGGCACCACUAUAUCUUCGUCUACAAGGUGCUAAGUGAAUACGGCAAGAGAAUGCUAGGCGGUGGUGUAGACACCAUCUGAAACCACGGGCUUCCCCACACGUAAGAACUUUAUUCGUACCCAUGACAAUGCUGGCAAUAUGUAUCUCAAACCUAGUGUAUAGCCAGCCUUAGUUUAAAAAUAAACUAUUUGGAACAUACCAAAGUAUAAGUUACAAGAUCUCUAGAAAAUUGAUCGCUCAAAUAAAAAAGUAAUGAAUUAAAUGAGAAAUUAUUAUUUUUUUAAUAUCAUUAUUUUCAUGUUUAAUCUGUGGAUUUAUAGAUUUAUAUCUACCAUUUACGUCAUCGUCAUGACAAUUUCGCAUAAUUUUAAAUUUUAACGAAACUUGUACAUAAGAUUAUGAUUAAGUUUUAUUUUUUCGUUCGAACAAUUUAAUUUUUAUUUAUUUUUAGGGAAUCAUUCCACUAGUCUAUCGAUAUUUCGGUUUUCCUAGGAAAUAUUGUAAGCAUAAUUUCAAUCACAAUUAAUAAAAAUGUAUGUAAGCGUCGUUUAUUGAAUUUUGCUGUGAUUUCUACUAAACUCUUAGAUUUAUACUAAUACUAAUAUUACCAUAAUAUAUUUUAGUGGAUUAGAGAAAAUCUUUGUAGUAAAAUAACAAUUUUAACUAUGCAUAACAGUAUUAUCUAAUGGCAACUCUGGUUAAGCUUGACAUUAUUUGUGUUGCCAUUUCCUUUUGUUUUGCAUUGUUAUUUUGUGCACUAGCAAUAAUGAAUUAAAAAUACUCUGUGCUACUUUUAAAAAUAGUAAAUUACGUAAUAUUCCGGUGGUAUUUAAAUAUUAUAUUGUUAUUUUCAUUUUUGUUUUAUAUCAUAUCUAUUUAUUGUUGAGAAUCAUUGUUAAUUUUUGAUUUAAAUGUUUAACUUUUCCGUGUGGUCUCCAUACACUUUUUAAUUUCACACCUUUAAACAUUUCUUCAACUCCAGUGUCACUUGAACGAUUGAUUUUUCGAAAAUUCUUUGUUUUUUGUCCAAUAUAUCUAUUGAAGAGGAGGCCUUAGCAAUAUAUUUUUUGUUAAAUAAAAGUCAAAGCAUUUACAUAAUUAGUUAAAGUGCACUGUUUUAUCCCACACGUUACUAGUUGAUAAGUAUUAGGUUAUAUUUUAGAUUAUGUAUCGUAUUAACUAUAUUAUUGACCAAAAAAAUUAUAUAUUACAUUGUAUACGUCCUACAAUCGAUAUUAAGGUCUUUAUUGAGAGUAAAUAAAUUUUAUUGUAAUAAUA